UCGCCACCAAAGUUCACCACACACAAUAAAAGUAACUUACAGUAUUUUUUUAAAAAAGAGAGAGAGAAAACAAAACGUCUCACUCAAUCCCUCCCUCCACAUAUUGAUCCUUAACAAAUCCCCUGUUUUCUCCACUUCACGUCCGAGAGAAGAAGUCAUGGGAAUAUCAAACCAACCUCACCACCACCAACUCGAAGGAGGUGAGAUACGAGAAACUGCCGACGGUAAAAAAUGGGUCAUCGCUGGAAUUACCUCACGUUCGCCGCUCAAGCAGAUUAAUCUAUCCCCAGGUGUCACAGUCACCGAAACAGAGGAUCAAGAUCAGUGUCCUACAACACCUACGGCUGUUUCCUUCAGAAUUCCAAGGGUUCAGCCGUGUCCAGCGGCUCCAAGGAAGAGUAAGCCGUCCUCUAAAUGCAGUUACAGCGCGGCCACUAGAGAAUUCUUCUCUCCGCCUGACCUCGAAACCGUUUUCAUUCAGAGAGCUAGUUAACUCUGUUUUCACAAGUCUCUCACCUCUCUCUCUCUCUCUCUCUCUUUCUAACCUUCUCUAGGGUUUCAAAUCAUAGGAUAAUAUAUUCUCUCUGUUUUAGCUUAAAUUCUCGAUUCUGGUUUAGCACUUGGGUUCUUGAACUAAGAAACUAAAUUUACUCUAUUUGCUUGUAUCAAUGUUAGGUGUUAGGACACUAAUCAAGGUUAGUGAAUAGAAAGUGUUUCAUGUUUAUGUACAUUUCAUCUCCUCCUGUUUUCAGUAGAAUUUAGGUAUAUAAUUUUUACCUUUUUUCCAUUUACAAUUUUUGUAUUUUAAUUUCUUGAUCUUGGU